AUGUUUCGUUGUAGGUUAAGUUGCAAUUUGGUAAGGGAUGGGUUUUGGGGGAAAUUUUAUUGUACGAAGCCGCUUCAGCAUGUUCCGGUGAUGGCCCGUGAGACGAUUCAAUUUUUAAAACCGCAGAAUGGCGAACUGUUCAUUGAUAUGACUUUCGGUGCUGGUGGACAUACACGAGCAAUUUUGGAAGCCGCUCCUGAGGCGAAAGUUGUUGCAUUGGAUCGUGAUCCGGUGGCCUACCGAAUGGCGCAAAAUCUAGCGGCUGAGCAUCCCGGUCAAAUUUUUCCUAUUUUAGGAAAAUUUUCCGAGUUGCCCGGACAGUUAGAUGAGUUGGAAAUAAAGCAGCGAAGCGUUGAUGGAAUGAUUUUUGAUUUUGGUGCUUCUUCGAUGCAGUUCGAUGAAGGUUCACGAGGGUUUUCAAUCAGUAAAAAUGGGCCACUGGAUAUGCGCAUGGACAAGGAUCGGUAUCCGGAUGAACCAUCAGCAGCGGAUGUUCUUGCGGUGAUAAAUCAGAUAGACCUCGCUCGUAUUUUAAAGGUAUAUGGUGAAGAGAAGCAUGCAAAGCAAAUAGCUAGGGCGAUCGUAGAAACUCGGCAUGCGGUAAAAAAGAUUCAGACCACCAAAGAGCUAGCGGAUUUGGUGCAAUUGUGCUGUGGUAGCGAAAAGCGUAUGGAUAAACUGCAGCGGGUGAGCCAUCCGGCGACCAAAACAUUUCAAGCACUGCGGAUUUUUGUGAACAACGAACUGAAUGAAAUUAAUUACGCCAUGCUGCUUGCGAAGCACUACCUCAAGAUAAACGGUAAAAUGAUAACGAUAACCUUUCACUCACUAGAGGACACCAUUGUGAAGCGGCACGUGAUGGGAAACAUAAUGGGCGAUAUGGCCAAUAAGUUACCGUUGCGUUACAAUAGCCACACCAUCUGCCACGAGCAGGAAGUUAUGGAGAGUGUGAUGCGGUCGCCUUGGCAUCAGCUAACGAAACCGGUAGUGCUUCCUUCGUACGAGGAAGUAGAGGAAAAUCCACGGAGUCGGUCGGCCAAGCUAAGGGCUGUUGUGCGGGUUAGUUAGAUUGUGACAGACAUUAGAGACAAUAGAGUAUAGGU